GAGAGAGAAGAGCGCGAGACCACAACAUGGAGGAGAAGCUGAACCAAAACAGACACGAGCGUUAUUCAGCAAACCCGGGCAGGAACUGAGGCGAGAAGUACAAAAAUGACAACUAUACUGUUUUAAUCUCACAACUCCUAGAUUACAACCUUUAUUUUAAUUAAGUUUAAGCCGUAGGACCAAGUCAAAUGUCACUGAGUGCAACGUGUGACUCGGUCUCUCAGAAAAGGACUCUGUCCAGCCUCCUCGCUGGCCGUGUGGUGAAGAGGCCGAAGCAGGAGGAUGGUCGGCGGCUGCAGGAGGCAGCGGUCCAGCUGUUGGAGCAACAGCAGAGCCUCAGCUGUCUGCUCAGGGAGAUCGGGAAUCCAGAUCUGUGCAACAUGUUCCAGAAACAGUCCGAGGGCGUCUCAGAUACUCUUCCAGGUUCACUGCUGGUGUUCGAGCUGAGGCGCCAGGCCUCACAGCUUGGUGUCCCUGUUGCGGGGGUGUCAGUGAAGAUGGUGCUGGAGAGACUGACGGAGAUCACUGAAACUGAGGAGGAGGAGGAGGAGGAGGAUGAGGAUACGAGGAGAGGGCUGCUCUCUUUCUCUCAGAGGGCCCAGCUGUGUGUCCUGCUGGAGGCCUGCAGAGGACUCAUGUCACAGGGAGCCCUCUGUCCUAAACUCUUGUGGCAGGAGUACAGAAGAGAUCAGAGGCUUCCUAACCUAGAGGUGGUGUACCAGCUUCAUGUUCACAGCAUCAUUAGUCUGAAGCACAUUUUGGAGAGUGAUGAAGGCGUGAGGCUGUGGUUGGGCUCUCGGUUGAAGUCUCUGUGCAGAUGCAGACUUCCACAAGAAGAAGAGGAGACCUGUCGAGUCCAACAGAGAGUUUUGUCGACUGUGGUUGGGGUUUUGGUGGGUAUCGGAUUCGAACAGAGCCAUGAUCCAGCAUCCUCAGAGCGGAGGACGUCCCUGCUUUGCUGCUCCGUGCUGGACGACCUGCUCUUCUGGCUGCUCGACUCUGUGGAGGAGAGUCAGACGCUUCAUCCUGCAGGACCAGGACCUGAGAUAUGGAUUCGGAUAUUUGAUGCUUCAUUGUGUGGAGUGUCAGCUUCAGCGGACGCCCUUCAGCGUUUCUUCAGACACUCUCUCACAAACACUCUGACUUACAAGCCUCGGCUGACCGUGUCAGACGCCAUCACUCUGCAGAACGAGUGGACCUUUGCAAAAGCCAAUCGGGUGUUGACCUCUCUUUUCCGAAAGCUGGCAGUGAUCUUCAGCAUGGAGCAGCUGUUAGGUCACCUGCAGCAGGUGCUGGAAACCCACGAGGUCAACUGGAAAUACGUCCUGAGCUUCCUCUCAGCUCUGCUGGUUUAUAACCCCGGAGCCCAGUCCAGCCUGAGAGAGCUGCUGUCCAGACUCCUGACUUCAGCAUUUGAAGGCUAUGAUCUGGAGAACAUGAUAACUGCGUUCCUGUUGGCUCGUCAGGGAGCACUGGAGGGACUCGCUGUGUUCCCCUCGUACACCGACUGGUUCAAGUUGUCCUUCGGUGGAGGCAGCAGCUACCAUGCAGCCAGUAAGAAGUCUCUGGUGUUCCUGCUGAAGUUCCUCUCAGACCUGGUGCCCUUUGAACCCCCACAAUACCUCAAGGUUCACAUCCUGCACCCUCCAUAUGUACCCAUGAAGCACCGCAGCCUCCUGAUGGAGUACGUCUCUCUGGCAAAGACCCGACUGGCUGAUCUAAAAGAAUCUGUGGAGGACAUGGGUUUGUAUGAAGAUGUCUCUGCUGCAGGUGGAGCAUCAGUGCAGUGCCCGGCUGCUCAGGAUGUGGAGAAGGCCGUGUCUCUGUUUGAUAGCACAGGAAAGAUCUCUGCCACAGUCAUGGAGGCCAGUAUUUUCCGUCGGCCGUACUUCCUCACCCGGUUCCUCCCUGCUCUGCUGACACCAAGAGUGCUUCCUGUGAAAGCUGAUGCUCGGAUGAGUUUCAUCGAAGCUCUGAAAAAAGCGGAUAAGAUCCCGGCUGCACAGUUUUCAUCGUACGUGGAGGCCUGCCAGAAGCAGAGGCAGCAGGAUAAGAAUGCGGUGUGUUUGGACUCUAACGAUGAUCCUCUGGAGGUCCUGAAGAUUCAGCUGCAAGAGCUCACAGAGCGGGUUGUUGAGGGGAACGAUGGAGAGAUGUCAGCACAGCUAUCCAGAGUCUCACACACACUGAGCGUCAUCUUUCCUGGCCGUCCCAACGAGUCUGUUGGUCAGAAAGUCAUCGACCUUCACGUCGACUCUCCACCGUCUCCUGAGCUCCACGUCAAAGUUAUCAACAUGAUCCUCAGAAACUUCUGCCAAUGCACGUUAAACGCUUCUCGAGCAAACCCUCCAAACAAACAGAGUCUGUGGGCCUCCAGGUUUGUCGGCAUGCUGCUCAGUAACACACAGCUCCUCUCCAGCCUCCUGUGCAGACUCUGGGACCUGUUUCGUAACCAGGGAUCAUCACUGAGUGCGGCACACUUACUUGGUCUGGCAGCAUUAGUGGUCCACCUGCAGGCCUCCAUGUCCCACAGUCCUCUGGUUCAGCUGGUCCCGAGCAUCCGGCCUAAACCUGUACCUGUUAGCGAAGCUCUGAGCUCAGCGCUAGUCUGCAGCACACAUUCGAACAUGCUCUUCUGUGUCAGGUUUUGUGUGGCAGCUGUGUGUUAUGGGAUCUGCAGAGGAGACUCUCUUUCAAAGGAAACACAGCCCGACUACAUCCUCAGCAGCCUCUACAAGAAGCUUCUGUACCUCAUCCCAAGGCUGUUGCCUGAUGCCAGAAGGACUCCCAUCACUGCUGGAGGUAAAGUCAGUGAACACCACGAGGAGCACCUGCUCAGCCUGUGGAGCGGUGCCACAGACACAAACAGCACCUGGAGGAAGACUGCCUGGCUCCUGUGGAGGGACCCUGCGUUCUGUCAGCUACAACAGAAACCACCGUACCAGGUAGAGAGGGUCGUCUGUUUAGGUUCUGAGUGUCAGUUAUCAUUCUCCGAAUGGCUGGCUAACGAGCUCAGAGUACAGAGAGGAUCAGAUGCUCUCUCAGACGCAGAGCGUCAGGAAUACCAGCAAUGGGCCUGUCUGGAGCACUACCUGCCUCUUCCGGAGGAGCAGGGAGGCUGUGGAGGAGACAUGAAGAACCUUUGUACUCAUCUUCUAAAUGCCGUCAUGGACCAACAGCACUUAAGCAACCAGAGCCUGGAGACGCUCCAUCACAGAGAGGCAGACUCAGGAACCUGUCUGCCUGACAUCCUGUCCAGAUUACAGGAGGUUGUGUAUGAGAUGGAAGUGAGCGACCUCUCUAGCAGUGGAAGGAGAGGAGCUGGCAUGAGCGACUUUCUGUUCGAGUUUGUGGCUCAGAGAUGUUCCACCUCAGCUUCACCCAGCAUCAGCACCGAGCUCAGCCUGCAACACACACUUAACACCUGGAACAGAGUGCUGUUGACUUUACCCGCGGUUGUAGUGGUUAAAGUAAAGACUGAAGGAGGAAGGACGACUCUGGACUGUAACAAACUGAUCCAACAUGUCAACCAGCAUCAGAGGCAGGCGUGUUCUCCAGCUGGUUUGCUGUCCUUCCAUCUGACAACACACCUCCUAAAAGGUUUGUUGUGCGGCAGUGCGCGCUGCGGACGCCCAAGGGAGGAAUUCAACAGAGCCUGGUCUCAGAUCAGUCCACACUGUCCCCUCCUCCUGGUCUCCACAGUGCACUGGUGGCAGCGUCUGUCUCCAGUGUUGUCGUCGCUGUGGAGUCGAUUGUGCGAUGAAGAGACUCUGCCGGAGCAGCUGCAGAUCCUCACUGACUGUCACAGCUGGGCCUCCAGUUUAGAGAGAGGCUCUCCGUCCUCGUCAGUGUCUGCAGCUUCAGCUCUGCUGCAGGCUGCCUGCCUGCACCGGGCCUGGGGAGGCUGUGGUUACGACACGCAGGGCGUCAUCGCUGCUGUGAAGAUGCUGAGACCAGAGAGAGGAGCAGAGAACCAGCAGGUCCUGGUGUUUCUGUUUUUCCUGAGUGUCAACGACUACCUGUCAGCACUCCUGUUCCCUCAGGAGAAGAGUCAUCAGAGAGCCGGGGCGUUAUGCACAGACCUCCUGCAAGUGUUGGUGAGCUCUGCUGACUGGCUGCUCGGUUUUACUUCAAACGCUCCGGAUAAAGGCGUCUAUCAGUCAGCAGCCAUGAUGACAUCAGAUGAGUUUACCAAACUGAAGCCUUGGGCCUUCUUCAGCCUGCUGCUGCAGCAGAGUGCUGGACUGUGUCAGAAGGCCGUGAGCUGUCCGGGGUUCCUCCACGCUGCUGUCCUCUGCUACGUCAGGCUGCUGCAGCUCGCUCUGGAAGGACGCACUCCCACACGGGCCGCUGAGCCCUCUGACCAUCAGGCAGAGCCUUUUCAGAUAUUGAGGCAGGCCAAGCAGUUCCUUCUGAGAGCGAUCUCACAGACAUCCCCCACUGCUCUGACCUCCAGCCAACUCAGACAGCUGCAGUCCCAGUGUACAGACCUGGAUCCGGAGGUGGCAGCAGCUCUCUCGUUGCAGCUCGAUCCAAACAGCCACAGCCCAGAGAUGGACUUCCUCUGAACACUGCACACUAUUGUUAAAGCUACGAUGUCUACAGUAAACAGUUCCCUCCACUUCACUGCAGAGCCGUCUCCUCUCUGAUGGUCCUGCAGGGACUUUAUCGUUCUGUGGUUCACCUCCUUCACUUCUUAUGUUCCUGUGGUUAUAUUUAUCUGAAAGAUUCUACAAAGAGAACAGUCUGAACUCAGUGUUGUAAAAAAAAAAAAAGAAUUGCAUUUAUUUACAUAAUGCACACAGGACUGUAUCAUACACAUGUACACCUGAAGCCCUUUACACUGUGACAAGUUUAUACAAACAUGAAAUAAAACUGACGUGAACGUUG